GCUCGAACCAAUUACAGUCGACUCAUCAGCUGUCAGCAUUGUCGAUUCGUCAUGCUGAGCCUUACCGACCUCUUUGCCGAGCACACGCAGCUCCUUGUAGGCUUCGCCUUGGCGUUCCUGAUCGUGCUGUACUUGGCCACGCCCAAGAAGCAUGCCGGGAAGAACUUGCCGCCCGUGUUGCCGUACUGGAUUCCGUUCGUCGGGUCAUUUCCUUCGUUCGCCAAGAACCCCAUCGAGAUGGUACUUGCCGGGUACAAGCUCAAGGGACCUUGCUUCACGGCCAAGAUGUUUGGCCAAGACUUGACCUUCCUCAUUGGACCUCUUGCGCACGAAGCGUUCUAUAAACCCAACGACGACUACUUGAGCCAGGCCGAAGUGUACCAACUCAUGACACCGGUGUUCGGUCCUGGACUCGUGUACGACGCUACGCCCAAGCGCCGCGCCCAGCAGAUGCAGUUCAUGGCCAACGGUCUCCGUGUCUCCCGCAUGAAGAAGUAUGUGGAGAAGAUCCGCAUGGAAACCGAGGCGUACUUCGGCGCGUACCCUGCCGAGUCGACCGUGAGCUUGAAGAAGGCGUUUGCAGAGCUGGCAAUUUUGACCGCGAGCCGCGCCUUGCUGGGCGACGAAGUCCGCGAGCACUUGUUUAAGGAAGUGAGCAGCUUGUACUGCGACCUGGACGGCGGCACCACCGCGUUCAGCUUUUUCUUCCCGUACGCGCCGACGCCAGCUCAUAACCGCCGCGACGCCGCCCGCGCCAAGAUGGUCAGUCUCUUCACUGGUGUGAUCAAGGCCCGCCGCGAAUCUGGCAAGCGCGCGGACGAUAUCCUAGACACGUUUAUGAACUCCGAGUACAAGGACACCCCCGGCGUCAACAUUCCUGACGAGCACAUCGUGGGUCUGUUGAUUGCGCUCUUGUUUGCUGGCCAACACACGAGCUCGCUGACGCUGACGUGGGCCGUGAUCGAGUUGGUCAUGCUGCAACCGACCAUGAUUGAAAAGAUCUUGCACGAACAACACCAAGUGCUGGGCGAUGCCGGCAACGACGGGCUCACGUUCGAUAACCUCAACAACAUGCCCGUACUGCACGCGUGCAUCAAGGAAACGCUGCGGUUGACGCCGCCGUUGAUCCUGCUCAUGCGCAAAGUGAUGAAAGACAUUACAUGCGGCGAGUACACGAUUCCGGCGGGGCACCUCGUGUUUUCGUCGCCGGCGGCCGCGAAUCGCAUUUCCGACUACUGGUCCAACCCCGACUCGUACGACCCCAUGCGCUUCCUCGACGGACGCAACGAAGAAGACAAGGUCCCGUACACGAACGUGAGCUUUGGCGGCGGCAUGCACGGAUGUAUGGGCCAGCAGUACGCGUACAUCCAAGUCAAGAUCAUUCUGAGCAUUUUCUUCCGCCAAUUCAACGUCGAAGUGCUCGACAAGAACUUCCCCAAGCAGGAUUUCACGGCGCUGGUCGUGCCCCCCGUGGGCGAGACCCUGGCCCGUGUCACACGAAAGUAAUCAUAAUUUUUUAUGACUUAUCC